AUGCCCCCCAAAUACUCCCUCCCUCCCCUCCCCUACGACUACAAUGCCCUCGAACCCGUAAUCUCCCGCCAAAUCAUGGAGCUGCACCACCAAAAGCACCACCAAGCCUACGUGACGAACCUGAACGCCGCGCUUGACGCCCAAGCCUCCGCGCUCGACCACAACAACAUCACGCAACUCAUCAGCAUCCAACAGAAACUCAAGUUCAACGGCGGCGGGCACAUCAACCACUCGCUGUUCUGGCGGAACCUGGCGCCGUACGACUCACCGGCCACCAAGGUCGACGGGGCCGCGCCGACCCUGAAGGCCGCGAUUGAGGAGCAGUGGGAUGGUUCGUUCGAGAAGUUUACACAGGCCUUUGGGGCGGUGUUGUUGGGUUUACAGGGGAGCGGGUGGGGAUGGUUGGUGAGUAGUGGAAAGAAGGGGCUGUUGGAGAUUGUGACGACGAAGGAUCAGGAUCCAGUUACUGAGAUGAUUCCGGUGCUGGGGGUGGAUAUGUGGGAGCAUGCUUAUUAUUUGCAGUAUCUGAACAACAAAGCUUCCUACGUGGAGAAUAUCUGGAAGGUAAUCAACUGGGAAGAGGCGGAGCAUCGGUAUCUGAAUGGGGUGGAAGGACUGGCUACAAUGAAGCUGUAA